AUGAUCGUCGUCGCGGUGGGCGCGAACUCGCAGUGGGGCGUGAUCCUGAAGACGCUCAUCGUCGAGCCGAACAGCACGCCGCUGCAAGACAGGCUCGACGUUCUCGUCGUGACGAUCGGUAAUUUUGGCAUCGGCGCGGCGAUCCUGACGUUCGUCGUCUCGAUGAUUCGCUGGACCUCGGAGGGCGCGAGCGGCGAAGGAUGGGACGGCACGAAGGUGUUGCAGUACCUCAUCAACAGCAUCACGAUCGUCGUCGUCGCGAUCCCGGAGGGGCUCCCUCUCGCGAUCACCCUAGGCCUCGCGUUCGCGAUGCGCAAGAUGAUGCAAGAUCAGAACCUCGUGCGCAGGCUCGAGGCGUGCGAGACCAUGGGCAGCGCGACGCAGCUCAACGCGGACAAGACCGGGACGUUGACGCAGAACCGCAUGACCGUCACGGACGCGUACCUCGGCGGGAAACAAUACGGCGAAGGCGACGUGCCUCCCUCGGACGUCUCCGACGCGUUCGCGUCGAUGCUCGCGGAGAGCAUCUGCGUCAACUCGGACGCGAACCUCGCGAUGAACGAGAACGGGACGGUCGACCACAUCGGCUCGAAAACCGAGUGCGCGCUUCUGCAGCUCGUCGAGGACCUCAGAACCGCGGGUAAGGGCAACCUCGAAGAGUCCGACGGGUUCGCGUACUACCGAGGACGCGAGAAGCACAAGGUCGAGCAGCGGUACCACUUCACGUCCGCGAGGAAACGCAUGAGCACCGCGAUCGGGAUGCAUCACUCUGGCUCGACGCAAGGCACGCGCCUGCACUGCAAAGGCGCGUCCGAGAUCGUCGUGAAGCUCUGCACGAAACAGAUGAUGGCAGACGGAACCGUGGAGCCUUUCGGCGCGGACGACCUUAAAAGCGCCGAGGAAGCGAUCACGCAGAUGGCCUCUCGCGGUCUGCGCACGCUCUGCAUCGCGUAUUCAGAAAUGCAAGUCGAUCCGUCCACGCUCGACCCCGAGAGACCUCCCGAGGAGAACCUGACGUUGAUCGGGAUCGCCGGGAUCAAGGAUCCGAUCCGACCGGAAACCGCGGAGGCAGUCGCGCUGCUGCGGAACGCAGGCGUGACCGUUCGCAUGGUUACCGGAGACAACGCGCUCACCGCAGAGGCGAUCGCGCGCGAGGCUGGAAUUCUCGUCGACGGCGACGACGGGCUCAUCCUGGAAGGCCCGGUGUUUCGCAAGAUGAGCAGAGCGGAGCAAGAGGCGGUCGCGGUGAAGAUCAAAGUGCUCGCGCGUUCGUCCCCGUCCGACAAGCUGAUGUUGUGCGAGGUGCAAAAGGCCUUGGGCGAGGUCGUCGCCGUCACCGGCGACGGCACGAACGACGCGCCCGCGCUCAAGGAAGCCGACGUCGGGUUCGCGCUCGGCAUCGCGGGCACGGAGAUCGCGAAAGAGGCGUGCGAUAUCGUCAUCUUGGACGACAAUAUUCGGUCCAUGGCGAAGGCGGUGCUCUGGGGCAGGAACGUCUUCAUGUCGAUCCGGAAGUUCUUGCAGUUUCAGCUCGUCGUGAACGUCGUCGCGGUGACGCUGAACUUUUUCUCCGCGUGCUACGGCCUCGAAGAACUCCCGCUCGGUCCGGUGCCGCUCCUGUGGGUGAACAUGAUAAUGGACAGCAUGGGCGCGCUCGCGCUCGCGACGGAGCCGCCGUCGCCGGACUUGAUGAAACGCCAACCCUUCGGAAGGAGCGCGCCGCUCGUGAACCAGGAGAUGUGGAGGAACAUCUGCGUCCAGGCCUUCUACCAAUUCCUCGGAAGGAGAUGCUGGGGAUCGACGUCGACGACGGAGACUCCGAACACCAAACGCUUCAGCUCAACUCCGUCAUCUUCAACACGUUCGUGA